CAGAAUAAACUAGUAGUCAAGAACGAAUCAUUGAAUGCAAAUGAUCAUGUUUCGUUUAAACUUUCGUGAUAGACGUAUAUACCGUAUUGAAGGUAUAGAAAAAUGCUUGGAGGUACUACAUGUUAGUGUGCGUAAAUCGUCGACCCUCGAAGCAACUUCGAAGGUUAGGUCAAAAUACAAGAGUUCUAUAACGUAUUUAGGGUGUUUGAUCGAUUCUACGAUAUCCUCUGGCCUCUUCGGACUAAUUCGGAAUUCAAUGGUGCGAACAAUGUCUACAACAACGAAUUUAAAUAAAAUAGAAAAGACCUGUUUAUACGAUCUUCAUGUUAAAAAGGAAGGGAAAAUAGUCAAUUUCUCAGGAUGGCUGUUGCCGGUACAAUACAAAGAAGCGAUAGCUGUGUCUCAUCUACAUACAAGAACUUUCGCCUCUAUUUUUGACGUAGGUCAUAUGAUGCAAACACGUGUUAGUGGGAAAGAUGCAGGAGAAUUUCUCGAGUCUCUAACGACUUCCGAUUUAAAGAAAUUAAACGAAGGUUUUGCUACACUCACUGUGUUUACCGACGAGAACGGAGGUAUACUAGAUGAUCUGAUCAUUACUAAGGACAAAGAUGAUCAGUAUUUCGUGGUUUCAAAUGCGGGAAGACGAAAAGAGGACAUGCAAUUAUUGCUAUCACAAGCGGAUAACUUUAAGAAACAAAAUAAAUUAGUCGAUUUGGAAUUUCUCGAUCCCCUCGAGCAAGGAUUAAUAGCAUUGCAAGGGCCAAGAGCAUCGACGGUCCUUCAGCCAUUGCUCCAAAUCGAUCUAUCGAAAUUGAAAUUCAUGAGCAGUGUGAUAACCAAUGUCUUGGGUAUCAACGUUAGAAUAUCACGUUGCGGAUACACUGGUGAGGAUGGUUUCGAGAUAUCAGUACCAGGAAUUAAGGCAUGUGAUCUGGUGGAGAAGCUCCUGGAGAAUCAGGAGGUGAAACUCGCUGGACUUGGCGCUAGGGACAGCCUAAGACUGGAGGCCGGACUUUGCCUCUACGGACACGAUAUCGAUCACAACGUCACGCCAGUUGAAGCUGCCCUGAAUUGGUUGGUAGCGAAGAGAAGAAGAACGGAGGCCAAUUUUCCAGGUGCCGAAAGGAUUCUUUCGCAGAUUAAACUUGGUACUACGAAAAAAAGAAUUGGUUUGAUAUUAGGACUAGGACCACCUGCUAGAGAAGGUGCAAGUAUAUUAACCCCAGAGGGUGAACGAGUUGGUAGCGUCACUUCCGGUGCUCCAAGUCCUACUUUAGGGCGUCCAAUUGCUAUGGGCUAUAUACCACCAGACCUAGCACAAUCUGGACAAGGUGUAUUGGUAGAGGUUCGAGGCAAGACUUACAAAGCCACUGUAACCAAAAUGCCAUUCGUAAAGACUAAAUAUUACGUAACUAAAUAAUGAUUAUUCAUAAGAAUUUAUUUUAUGUCUUGUUAAUAAAAUAUUUUCUUUAUUA